AUGAUUGGAGCUGGAUAUGUCGUCGGAUUCAUCAUUUUUACAGGAACCAUCAUUUUUGUCUUCUUCAUGAUUACAAUUUGCUUUCUCGUGCAACGUACUUCUGCCUAUCACCACCAACAGUCCGCCGGAACAAUCCCCGUACACUCCAUCAAUAACUUUCAUCCAGGUAUUGAUGAAGCCACUCUACGUCAAUACCCAAAGCUCCUCUAUGCCGAAGCCAAGCUCUACCAGGGAAACUCUACCUCAUCCUGUUGUUCAAUAUGCUUGGCUGAUUACAAUGACACAGAUGUGUUGCGCUUGUUACCCGAUUGUAGUCAUAUCUUUCAUCUUAAAUGUGUCGACUCCUGGCUACGCCUGCAUGCUACAUGCCCGGUGUGUCGAAACUCGCCUCUUCCUGAGGUGAUGGCUUCAGUGGAUAUGACAUCCUGA